AGACGCAGUCGUCCCGUCUCUUCCUGUGUCUCCUGCAGCUCUGACUCAACAGACAUGAUGUCUCGGUGUCCCCCCGCCCUGCUGCUGUUGGCCCUGGCCUGCCUGGCCUGGUUCGGCUCUGCUCAGCCCGUUGACACCCGGGCCGAGCUAAAGAAGGUCGAGGCCGCCCUGCAGGAGCUGAGGGCCGAGAGACGAGUGAUGAGUGAGCGUCUGGCAGCGGCUGAGAGGGAACUGAAAAGAAUCCAAGAAACACCUAAGGUUGCAUUCGCUGCGUCUCUGGGAGGAAACGGCCUCGUGAAGACGACUACGGGCAACAAAGAUCUCAUCUACAAGGACGUCCUGACCAAUGUGGGUGGAGCUUACAACGCCCAGACAGGUGUGUUCACGGCGCCGAUCCGUGGAGUCUACUACGUCCGCUUCACGUGCAACGGUCCCACCGACUUCCCCCGGAGCGCCGUGCUCUACAAAAACAACGCCGCGAUCCAGCUCAUCACCCACGAGCAGCCGUCCGGCGAGGGCAGCGACACGGCGUCCAAUGGCGCCGCCCUGAUGCUGGAGCAAGGCGACAGGCUGAAGAUGGUUCUGUGGCAAAACACCCAGAUCUGGGACAACAGCAACCACCACAGCACCUUCAGCGGCUUCCUGCUGUUCCCCAUGGUGGAUGAACGUCCGACAGAGUUCGACGCUGAGUCCGAGCUGAAAGCUCUCCAGGCUUCACUGAAACAGAUUCAGACUGAAAACUCAGGUGUGAAGGAGAGACUGGAGGCCACAGAGACGGAGCUGAAGGCGAUCAGAGACGUACCGAAGGUGGCGUUUGCAGUUUCUCUCGGAGGAAACGGUCUCCGUAAGACGACGUCAGGAAGCCAAACACUCAUCUACAAAGACGUCCUGACCAACAUCGGACAGGCGUACAACUCUGAGACAGGUGUGUUCACAGCACCUGUUCGUGGAGUCUACUACAUCCGCUUCACAGCCAACGCCCCCACCGACUUCCCCAUGAGCGCCGUCCUUUACAAAAACGGAGCGUCCAUCCAGCUCAUCGCCCACGAGCAGCCGUCCGGCGAGGGCAGCGACACGGCGUCCAACGGCGCCACCUUGCUGCUGGAGCAGGGCGACACCCUCUCCAUGCAGCUGUGGCACAACACCCAGAUCUGGGACAACAGCAACCACCACAGCACCUUCAGCGGCUUCCUGCUGUUUCCCAUGUGAGGACGAACGCGACGGGUCAACUGAUCGGUCUGACGAUGCUGAACCAGAACUGAAGUCAAAUCAAGCUUGACUGACUUUAACUUACUGAGCUUUAAACGUCAAAUAAAACCUGAAGCUUCA